AUUAUGAUGAUUAUAGCUGAUGAUUAUAGUUAACAUCUGUCCGCGUAGAAAAAUAAAGCCAAGAAUCUAUCUGAUAAACGCAAUGUGUGUAUAGAUCCUUUUCCAUGAAGAAUUAUACAAUUUCAACUGCAAGAAAAAAUUGAAAUGGAUGUUAUAGAUAUCAAAAUGGAUAAUCAAGCCGAUACUUGUAGAGAGGAAGCAUGGCAAGCAACCCUUCCUACUUUUCUGCUCAAUUUGGGUGAUAGAUGGCCAGAGGCAGGUAAUAUUUCCAUAACGCAAAGUCAACAGGAGCCGAAGAAGCUAACAACAGAGGGUUUCUAUGUUUUGUGCUUGAUUGUGUUGUUCGUAAUACCAUCUCUAAUCGGAAGCGCAAUCAACGCUUUCGAAUCUUUUUGUGGUGCAUCCCCGAAGAAAAAGAUUUCAACAAACGGGAAGGAUCAAAGGAAUGAUGCAAAUGGUGAAACAAAUGUUACAACGACAAAGGAGGAAGAUGAAUCUCCAGCGAUUUCAGACUGGAGAGAAAACUGCAGAAAAUUUUUUGACUGUUUCUGCAUUCAGACAAAUGCAAGAAAAAUACUACGCAUUUCAUCUAGCCCGGGAUAUCUGGAUUGCAUAGACGGAAUACGAGCAAUACUUUUCCUCUGGAUCUAUUUAACGCACUUUUUCACCUUUUAUGGUGCAUCAAUAAAAAAUAUAAGUCAGUUCAUUCCACACUUUAAUAAUAUGACGAUUGUUAAGUUUGCUGGUCAUGCAGUUUUUGUUUUGGAUACUUUUAUAAUACUCAGUGGAUUUUUAACUGGAUACUCAUUUUCUGAUUACUACGAGAAAAAUAAUGGAAAAGUACCGUGGAUAUUAUUUUACGCCGUCCGAUUUUUAAGGGUAAUGCCAUUAUACAUCGUUCUGCUGGGAUUCUAUUCUACCCUCUUCACUUACAUCAGUUCUAGCCCAAUAUGGCCAACCUACAAUACAAAUCCAGUGUGCAGAGAAAAUUGGAUAUGGAACAUUUUAUUUAUAAAUAACUUCCUUUCACACUACAAUCAGUGUAUGGGCAUGACUUGGUUCCUCGCAUGCGUUAUGCAGUUGCACGUGAUAAGUCCUUUAUUUCUGCUUCCUUUAAAAAGAUGGCCCAAAGUUGGAUACGCUUUGUCGGUAGUCGCCAUCUUCUGCUCAUGUGUUGCAACUUACAUCGUAACGCUAAAAUACAACUUGUUUAACAUUUUACCGAAAACUCUCCCUGAAAAUAAUUCAGCAGAAGUAUUAGAAGGAAUGCUGUGGAAAAAUAUUGAUGAAUUGAACCAGAAGACUUACAUAAGAUUAAUCCCUUAUUUAGUUGGAUUAAUACUUGGAGUUUAUUUACAAGGCAGAAAUCCUUCCAAAAAGAACAGUUUGCUGACUUUGACUUUUGGAUGGAUUAUGUAUGUUUUUCUGAUGUGGUACUGCAUUGUCGUCCUUUAUGCAAAAGAAGAAUCUCCUUGGCAAGAGGGUGUAUAUAAUGCUGUUAAAAUUGUUUUAUUUUCCUGUUGUUUUUCAUGGAUUGUUUUUGUUUGCGUUACACAACAAGGAGGGAUAAUCGGCAGAUUCAUUUCACAUCCAAUUUUCAAGCCAAUUUCCCGUCUAUCAUUCUGUGCUUACCUCACUCAAACUAUGCUGUUUGAAGGGUAUUUUUUAAGUGUUGAAGUUCCUGUGGGUGAAUCUUUCGUACGCGAAGGAUUUUUUGGCGUGACAUGGUUUCCAGUUUUUGGUCGUUUAUUUCUGUGGACAUUUGCUUUGGCAUUCGUCGUAUCCGUGCUGUUCGAGUAUCCUGUAACAAGGUUAUUACAAACUUACUUCUCAGGAAAGAAAAAAACACAGUGAUUUUCAUCUAGAAAACGAAUUUAUUUAUUUUUUCUUUAUAGCAAAUAAAUGUGAUUAUUUUGAGAA